GGCCUCAUUUCGCGGUAACCGGCAUUUCAGCACCACUGCCGGCCCUGUUUUCUAUCUGACGCCGAGGCCGCUUUGUAUUUAUAUACUUUUUUGAAUUCGUACGUUUUGUUCACAAUAUGCCUGGAUAUUCAGACAGAGACCGCGGCAGAGAUAGAGACAGAGGCUAUGGCGGUGGACCACCCCGAUUCGGUGGUAGCCGGAGUGGAGGUGGAGGAAAGUUCGGCAAUCCAGGUGAGCGGUUGAGGAAGAAACACUGGAACCUGGAUGAGCUCCCAAAGUUUGAGAAAAACUUCUAUCAGCAGCAUCCUGAUGUCGCCUGUAGAUCACUGCAAGAAGCUGAGCAAUACAGAAGGUCCAAAGUUAUUACAGUGAAGGGGAGGGACUGCCCAAAUCCCAUAACUCAGUUUCAUGAAGCAAGCUUUCCCUCUUAUGUGAUGGAGGUCAUCAACAAACAGAACUGGACUGAACCAACACCUAUCCAGGCCCAGGGUUGGCCUUUGGCUCUCAGUGGCAUGGACAUGGUUGGCAUUGCACAGACUGGCUCUGGCAAGACACUUUCUUAUCUUCUGCCUGCAAUCGUGCACAUUAAUCACCAGCCUUUCUUGGAACGUGGGGACGGUCCAAUUUGUCUGGUGUUGGCCCCCACUCGUGAGCUGGCUCAGCAGGUGCAACAGGUGGCUGCUGAAUAUGGCAAAGCUUCUCGUCUGAAGUCCACCUGCAUCUAUGGAGGCGCACCAAAAGGGCCUCAGCUCCGUGAUUUGGAAAGAGGUGUGGAGAUUUGCAUCGCCACUCCAGGCAGGCUCAUUGACUUCCUUGAAGCAGGAAAAACGAACCUUCGCAGAUGCACUUACCUGGUGCUGGAUGAGGCAGACAGAAUGCUGGACAUGGGGUUUGAGCCACAGAUCAGGAAGAUUGUUGACCAAAUUAGGCCUGACAGGCAGACUCUGAUGUGGAGUGCUACUUGGCCUAAAGAGGUUCGCCAACUGGCAGAAGACUUUCUGAAGGAGUAUGUUCAGAUCAACAUUGGUGCACUGCAGCUUAGUGCUAACCAUAACAUCCUGCAGAUUGUGGAUGUCUGCAAUGAUGGAGAAAAAGAGAAUAAGCUAAUCCGUCUGCUUGAGGAAAUCAUGAGUGAGAAGGAGAACAAGACCAUCAUUUUUGUUGAGACAAAAAGGCGGUGUGAUGACCUCACUCGACGAAUGAGAAGAGAUGGGUGGCCAGCUAUGGGAAUCCAUGGUGACAAAAGCCAGCAGGAGAGGGACUGGGUCCUUAACGAGUUCAAAUUUGGCAAAGCCCCCAUACUGAUCGCCACUGAUGUUGCGUCCAGAGGCCUAGAUGUGGAAGACGUGAAAUUUGUCAUCAACUAUGACUACCCUAACAACUCUGAGGACUAUAUCCACCGCAUUGGCAGAACGGCUCGUAGCCAAAAGACGGGCACAGCCUAUACCUUCUUCACUCCCAACAACAUGAGGCAGGCCGGGGACCUCGUCUCUGUUCUGCGUGAGGCCAACCAGGCAAUUAACCCAAAGCUCCUCCAGAUGGCAGAAGAAAGAGGAGGUCGUUCAAGGGGCGGCAGAGGUGGUGACUAUGACCGUCGGGAUAGGUAUUCCUCUGGAAGGCGUGAUUAUGGCGGCGGUAGGGAUAGAGACAACAAUAGAGGAUAUAACAAUGGACCAAACCAGAGUUAUGGCGUAGGUUCUCAGAACGGAGGCUAUGGAGGCAGCAACGGUGCCAGCAAUGGAUAUGGUGGAGGGAACUACAACACCAAUGGACAGUCAAACUUUGCCACCAAUCAAGCGGGAGCUUUUGCUGCCCAAAACAACUUCCAGGCCCAACAGUUUGUUCCCAAUAAGCCAGUUGUACAAAAUGGCACAAGCCAUCCUCAGUACCAGUUCCCUCAGGCCCAGGUGCCUCCUCAGCAUCCACCCCAACAACUUGCUCCUCAACAGCAUCCUCCACCGCCUCUGGUGCCGUACCCCAUGCCUCCACAGUUCUCUCAGUAAAUGCCCCACAUACUUGAAAGAGGUAAUUUAUUGCAUUUUGUCUUUUAAGUUCUAUACCUAAUUUGAAAUUUUUGUAUUUACACAACAGGGUUCUGUCAACCUAUGAAGCCUUUUAAGAUCUGCAGUGCAGCAAUAGUUUUGGUUGCACAUUUGUUUUUCCUGUAUUUAAUUUGUUACAUUCCUCAGAAAUAUUUAGUUUGUUUUGUACCAGAAAAUUACAAGUGUAUUGGUUUUCAUGUGUAGCAUUCAGUGAUCAGCUCCUACAUUGAAAGUGCACUGCAUGAUCUUUGAAAUAAAACCAUACAAAAGAUU